ACUUUUCUCACUUAAUACUCAACUAAUGUUGUAAUUUCCCAUAAACACCAUAUUAGCCAUAGACACAAUGCCCCGCAGUCUACCUUGGCUAUCCAACGCAGCGACAACAACAAUCAAACGAGAACCAAAGGCCUCUCCAUCAGAUAAACCGCGUCGAACCGUGAAGCGCGAGACCAUAGCCAAGGAGGAAGAAGCAGAAGAAGAAGACAACGAUGUGACACCAAAAGCCGAGGCGAUGACUCCAGGGUCGAGGAUGAAGAAGCGCGAUUUCAUGCGGUCUUCACCUACGCCGCCGUCCUCUCCCAUCCAUCGCUGCCCAUCUGAAGAAUACCUCCGCGAAGGCUUCGACAACGACGACAUAUACAUGAUGGUCGAAGACGAAUUCUACGCGGUCGCGCAAACCUUCACACAACACCUACACUACGCGGAAUACGUCCGACGGAAGAAAGAAGCCAAGUUGCAGAAUGCCACGACCAUACAGAAUAUCGCUCGACCGACCGAUGGUGUUACUGCGCAGAGCGAGGAAGCUAAACGCAAGGCUGCGGCGGAGGAUUUGUCCGCUCAGCAGAAGGAGGGGCUGCAGAAUAUGGUGGAGGGUGGAAGACCUGCUGUGGAUUCGGAAGAGGAGGAGGAUGAUGAUCAGGAGGAUGAUACUUGGGCGGGUACGUCGCUGCAUGAUCUGCUGAUUAGUCCACGAAAGGCGCGGUCGUUGGUCGGCAUGCAGGGUAUCAAGUCGACGACGCGGGCGGCUGCUGGACUGGGGGCGUCAGCAGGGAGCAGCGCGGUUACCGAUGGGGCGGCAAGGGAGCGACAGGAUGCGAUGGGGGACGGCGAUCAACUGGAUGAAACGACGGAUGACGACGAUCUAGACGCACGGACGAGGACCCUGACAGGGCCGAGUCGUGUACAGCAUCAGCAUCGUACUGCUACGCCUACGCCUAUGCCUACUGCUGCUAGCUCGCGAAGCAGCCCGAUGAAUAAUCGGUCUACAGGGGACAGUGGAAUCAGAAAAGUGCAGUCUAUGAGUGGUAGAUACAGUACACCGAGGGCGAACCAAUCUAAGAAGAGAUUAAUAUUCGAUGAUGACUUUGACGGGCUUCCAGAGCCGUCUCGGUCAAGCAAUCAGAUGCAGGGCCCGAUAUCAUCCCCGUCAUUAGGUCGAAGAGCACCAAAUCCACGAGGCCCGGAUCCAAAAGCAAAGAAAUCGCGUCUCAAUGAAGUUCCAACAUUCUUGUUUUGA